AUGGGUGAUUAUUUCAAGGUCUGCGAGGUAGAAGGCCUAAGGCGAACCGUUUCUGAGACCUCUGAGUCCGAUAAAAGCGCAAGAAGCUACUUCAAAUGGUUAAAGGUCGUAGGAACGGGCAAGGAAUCCUCACCUAUUUCACAUUUGUCCUUGAGCCCUUGUGAUAACCUAUGCGCAGUUUCGUACGGAACGAAGGUUUUGUUCUAUGACUACAUGAAUCAAAAUACACUUCACAACUACACUUCUUCCAAGAGUUUCGUACGAUUCUGCUCUUUUAGAUCGGAUGCUAAGUUGGCGGCAGUUUCUGACGACUCUGGAUCCAUAAACGUUAUCGCACUCUCACUGAAGUCGCAUCUGCGCAGAUUUAACGCUCACGAAGGCCCUGUCCACUGCCACCGCUUUUCAAACGACAAGUUGAAUUUGAUGUCUGGCGGUGAAGACUCUCGGGUUAAAUUUUGGGAUAUCUCCGAGGAAAAGUGCGUUUUGACGCUCGACGGCCACACUGACUCCGUGAGGACCCUGUGUAGCAUCCCCGAUGACCCGAAUCUCUGGGUCACAGGCUGCUACGACUCACGGUGUCGAGUGUAUGACGUUAGGAUACCGACGUCUCCAGUUGCGACUCUGAACCACGGGUCCCCAGUUCAGCACGUUUCCUGCUCCUCUUCAGGCUUCAGGCUGCUUUCCACAGGAGACAACAAGGUCAUGGUAUGGGACGUGAGCUCAGGCUUGAAGCUGGACUACUGCCUCAAGCCUCAUAUGAGGACGGUCCUUGGAUCUUUCUUGAGUGAUGAGGACGAAUGCCUGGUCACCGCCUCUCUAGACGGGACCGUCAAGUUUACGGAUGUUACGUCUGGCACUCUCCUGCAAGUCUACAGCUACGAGUCCCAGAUCACGUCGUUUGAUUUUCUGUACAAUAGCGUUUUGACCGUAGGAUUGGUCUCAGGUGACUGGCUGGUGAGGCACAACCUGAAGGCCGGCGAUAGGAUGAUAAAUGAGCCGGACACCAAGGCUUCAGAUUCCUCACCUGUGCACCAAGGUUCCGAAGCGAAACCACUCGACUACUUCGGAUACAAGCCUCCCAAGCUAGGUCCACUGGACAAACUCGUUAAGUCGUUUCAAUACAAGGCUGCACUGGAUUUGGCUCUUAAAUUGACGCCCGAACACGUGUACAAUCUCAUCGAGCUCCUCAUUAUAAGGGGCACUCUUUCCACUGCGGUUCGGAAUCGUGAUGAAAAGACCAUACUUCCUCUUUUAAAGUUCGUUUGCGCUCACUUGAACAGGGACAUCAACAACACUACGCUCAUUCUCGAGUUCCUGAUCGCCAUUCUGGACCAGAACCCCUGGCUCAAGUCAUGUACAGAUGAGGCUGUCAUGGCUGAGAUAAAACGCAUUCCCAACAAGAUUAACCUGGAGCUUUAUCAACACACGAUUCUGAUGAGGCUCAAAGGCUUAAUCGAUUUCAUACUUUAA